AUGAUCUCCUCAAGGUCGGUCUUGAGUCUUCUGCUCUCUUCGACGCUCGUAAGUGCCGCAAUCGUCGAUCCAGCGACAUUUGCGAGCACCAAAUUUGACUUCAUUGUCGCGGGAGGCGGCACUGCCGGAACCGCCGUUGCAGCAAGGCUUUCUGAAGUUUCAGACUGGACUGUUGGGCUGAUUGAGGCCGGAGAAUACCGGCCAGACGACGAGAAGAUCCUUGUGCCGCAAGGAUGGCAUACAGGGAAAACAUGGGGUGACCCUACCUAUGACUGGGGCUUCUACACCACUCCCCAGAAGAACCUAGCCAACCGGGAGAUUCAGAUUGUCCGCGGAAAAGUCUUGGGCGGUAGUUCUGCUGUUAACUUAAUGGGUGUGUUCCUGGCUGGAGCCGUGGAGUACGAUCAAAUCGGCCAGUUAGGAAACGACGGAUGGAAUUAUGAGAACACCCUGAAGUACUUCAAGAAGGCGACCAACAUGUCCGUUGCACCCAAAGAUCUUCAGGAACAGGAGCAUGCCACCUUCGAUCCCAAGUAUCACGGUGACAGCGGUCCUAUCCACGCAUCCUUCUCUGGAUGGUUCAGCCAGGCAAUGCCUCCACUGUACGAUGCGAUGGUCAACCUUGGCUAUGACCCGGUAUAUGAUGGGAGCGACGGUCGGGAUGCCGGCAGCGUCUGGAACCCUCCUCUCGCCAUUAACCAGGACACCAAGACCCGGUCUUACUCUGGUAUUGAGUACUAUGGCAAGAACGCCGACCGGCCCAACUUCCACGUCUUGACCGGCGCCCAGGUGACGAAGAUCGAGCUGUCCGACACCCCGGACAGCAAUGGCAACCUCCGCGCUACGGGCGUGACAUACGUCUCCGGUGGUCAGACAUACACUGCAUCGGUUAGCAAGGACAUUGUGGUUAGCGGCGGCUCCAUCCAGUCUCCGCAGAUUCUUGAGUUGUCCGGUAUCGGCAACAAGACUCUUCUGGAGAGCCUCGGCAUUCAGAGCAAGAUCGACCUGCCGGGCGUGGGCGAGAAUUACCAGGAUCACCUGGUGAACUACGAGCAGUUCAUCGUCCCUGACUACAUUGAGACGUGGGACGUCGAGGACAACCCGGACAGGAACGCCACGGUCUGGCAGGAAUACCUCGUGAACAAGACCGGCCCUUACACGUCCUCUGUGACUGUCAUCUCCUACCAGAGCGCAGCCAAAGUCGUCAACAACGAUACCCUCCUGCUGCAAUGGCUUGCGGAGCUCGACGCGCAGUUCAAUGCCUCCAACCCGUCUCCUGGUCGGCGCGCUAUGUAUGAGAUCGAGAGGAAGCGGUUGCUGCCGAACAGCGACGAAGCUUCUAUUGAGGUCUACGCUGCCCCCUUCAACGCAUACGCCAACCACUUCCAGUUGAACACUUCGUACAUCCAAAUCUCAUCUGUCCCCUCCCACCCAUUCUCCCGUGGCUCCAUCCACGUGACGUCCUCAAACCCCACGGACAAGCCCGCUAUUGAUCUCAACGCAUGGGCAUUCGACAUUGAUAAGCACCUAAUGGCCGCCAGUGCCAAGUGGUGCCGCACCAUUGCAGACACCGAGCCUAUUAAGGAUCUCAUUCAGGAGUACAGCUACCCGGGGCCGGAUGUCACGACGGAUGAGCAAUGGGAACAGUUCGUGGCGGAGACCGUCAUGACGCCGUUCCACCCUUGCUGCACAAACGCCAUGCUUCCUAAGGAAUUCGAUGGUGUUGUGGACAGCAAGCUCAAGGUGUACGGCACUGCUAACCUGCGCGUUGCCGAUGUUUCUAUCCUUCCAUUGCAACUUGGUACUCACCUGAUGGGCACGGCCUACGCUAUCGCCGAGCAGGCCGCCGAUAUCAUCAAGGCGGACUACGGCCAGUCCUCAUGA